CCAAACAAAUAUCUCCACGUCUGCUACCUCGCCUCACCGCACACCUACGCUGCCAUGGCCGCCGCCGCCGCCCGAUGCCUCCUGCUCCGGGCAUCGCCUCCGUCGGAGGCCGCGAAGGCCACUGCCUCCGUCGGCGCCUCCUCCAGCGCCACCUCGCUCCCUGUCCGCGCGGCCGCCUCCCCGAGCUCCGCCCGCCGUCUCCGGCCGAUGCGGCUCCGGUGCUCCUCCCCGCCGUCGGGAGGCCCCGCCGAGCCGGGGCUCGCCGUGCUCCUCGAAGUCGAAGGAGUUCUUGCAGAUGUCUACCGCUUCGGCUACCGCCAAGCUUUCAAUCAUUUCAAAGUCUUGGCUUGGAUUGCGCGAAUUGGACGGAGCCAAUAUAUGCUGAUUUAGUGAGGAAAUCUAGUGGCGACGAGGAAAGGAUGCUGGUUCUGUUCUUUGACAGGAUUGGCUGGCCUACAUCUCUGCCAACUAGUGAGAAAGGGUCAUUUACAAAAAGUGUUCUUCGUGAGAAGUUGAAAGCUUUGGAAAAGCUCUCUGCUUCUGAUGACUUACCACUACGUCCUGGAGUUGAGAAGUUCAUCGAUGAUGCACUUAGCGAGGGUGUGCCUGUAGCCAUAUUGGCAACAUAUGGCAGAAACGGAGAGAAAAUUUCAAGAUCAAUAGUUGAGAAGUUAGGCCCUGAGAGAACGUCAAAAAUAAAGAUUGUUGGAAAAGACGAGGUUGAAAAAAGCCUUUAUGGGCAGCUUGUUUUUGGUGAAGGAGUUGCCUCCAGUUUGGAUGAACAACUUACCAAGGAAGUACAAAAGGCUGCUGCGGCAGAGAAACAGAGGAUAGCAGAAGAGGUUGCAUCACUUCUUAAACUCAGCGUCGACAUCAACACAGCGUCCAAAAGUUCCGAGAAGAUAAUAGCCACGCUGCGAGCUGGCGCUGAAUAUGUUGGAUGCGAUGUGCAAAACUGCAUCCUUGUAGCGGGUAGCCAGCCCAGUGUCAUCGCAGCUGAGCGCAUUGGCAUGUCGUGCAUAGUUGUCCGAAGCAGCCUAACCGCUAGAGCAGAAUUUCACUCCGCAAAGGCUGUCAUGGAUGGAUUCGGUGACACGGACUUAACAGUAUCAAAACUACUGAGUAAGAGGUGGUCUUAAUACCUUUGUAAACUAGGCGUUGGAUGUGAGUUCCCUGCCAUCAGUCUGUAACCGACCGACUUCGUGAUGAUUCGAAACCUGAGCUAGCAAAACGAGGCUUUAUGUAAUGCUGAGCUUGCGGCAGAAAGUUACAAUAAGCAGCAGUUGUAUUGUUGUGUGUGUGUGUGUGUGUGUGUGUGUGUGUGUUUUGUUAUUGUACCGGUGAAGUAUUGAACAUUUGUACUAUUACUCGAUUGAGUUUGUUCUAUGCCAUUAUAUACAGCUGAUUGACUCAUUGCCAUCAA